AUGGUGAAUACCUCUCAGUUGCUACUGACCACUCUAGAUGAGCUGGACAAAGAUAAACUGAAGAGGUUUCAGUGGUACCUGACUAGAGAGAAUGCGCUGGAAGGCUUCUCUCACAUCCCAAAGGCUCAGCUGGAGAAUGCUGAUGUACAGGACACAGUGGAUAAGAUGGUGGAGACAUACCAAGAAAGAGAUGCUGUGGAGAUCACACUGCUCAUCCUGAGGAAGAUGGAGCAGAACAACCUGGCUGGGAAGUUAGAGAGUAAACUCAGGGAAGUGUACAGCUCAUUGGACCAUUCCAUUUCAGGUGACCCAGCAGCGCCGGUGUACCAGGAGGUCAGAGAUCGACUCAAGUACACACUGAAACAGAGAUAUGAGCACAUAUUGGAUGGCACUUCAACAAGAGGCCAUAGAAAGUUCCUAAAUGAUGUCUACACUGAACUGUUUAUAGUGGAGGAUGAGACUGGAGGAGUCAUUCAUGAACACGAGAUUAUGCAGGUUGAGGCAUCAUCCAAGGGGUUUAACAUGGGGGGACGGCCCAUCAAAUGCAGUGACAUUUUCGAACUCCAGUCCAACACUAGACGACGAAACAAAAAGGUGCUGACAAUAGGGGUGGCUGGAGUGGGCAAAACUGUCUCUGUGAACAAAUUCAUACUGGACUGGGCAGAGGGACAAAACAACCAGGAUAUUGAUUUUAUUUUUCCUAUUUCCUUUCGUGAGCUGAAUGGAAUGAAAGAUAAAGAGUUCAGUUUGAUAGAACUGCUUCAUGAGUGCAUCUUGGAUUCUGGUGAUCUCAACGCUCUUCCGCCGGGUGAGGGUAAAGUCAUGUUCAUUUUGGACGGGCUUGAUGAAUGUCGCCUUGCUCUUGACUUUCAUGAGAAAGAGAAAGUGAAAAAGGUCGAUGAGAAAACCACAGUGGGCGCUCUAAUAACAAAUCUAAUCAAAGCAAAUCUGCUUCCCUCUGCCCUUAUCUGGAUAACCUCCAGACCAGCAGCAGCCCAUCAGGUCCCCCGGAUGUAUAUAGACCAAGUAACCGAAGUACGAGGUUUCAGUGACGAACAAAAGGAAGAGUACUUUAGGAAACACAUUACCACAGAUCAGGAAGUGGCCAACAAAGUGGUCUCACACGUAAAGAAAUCAAAAAUCCUCCAUAUCAUGUGUCACAUACCAGUCUUCUGUCGGAUUUCAGCCACUGUGCUUCAGCCAAUGCUCGCGGACGGCACUAAUAAAGGGACCCCGACAACUCUGACUGGGAUGUACACUCAGUUUCUGAUUCUCCAAAUGAAUCUCAUGCGGCAGAAGUAUAAAUCUGACCAAACAAAUCUCUUUAAGAAGAAGUACCCUGCUGCACGCAUCAUUCUGAGACUGGGCAAGUUGGCCUUCCGUCAGCUGGAGAGGGGUCAUCUGAUGUUCUAUGAGGAGGACCUGAGAGAGUGUGGCAUUGAUGUCAGUGAGGGCUCAGUGUACUCAGGCGUGUGCACACAGAUAUUCAGUAAAGAGCAGGGAGCCUCUGAGAGGAUGGUGUUCAGCUUCAUACACCUGAGUGUUCAAGAGUUCCUUGCUGCUAUUUAUGUGUUUCAUUCACACUGCAGCAAAAAAAAGAAUCCCCUUAAGCGAAAGACUGCCAGGAACAGAAUUAAAUGGCUAAGCAAGAACAUAACAGACCUCCACAGAUCUGCAAUAAGAAAAGCCUUGAAGAGUAAGACUGGACACCUGGACCUUUUCCUCCGCUUUCUCCUGGGUCUCUCAGUUGAGCUCAAUCAGAAAAACCUGAAUGAAUUACUGCCAAGAGCAAUAAUCAGAAGACAAAAAGUAGAGGAGACAGUUAAAUACAUCAAGAGGAAACUCAACAAGAACAUCUCAUCAGAGAGGGCCAUCAAUCUUCUCCAUUGUCUAAAUGAACUGAAAGAUGACUCACUCGUGUCUGAAAUCCAGAAGCAUCUGAGCUCAGGAAAUCUCUCAAGGGAGAACAUCUCAAAUACACAGUGGUCAGCUCUAGCCUUUGUGUUGCUGAUGUCAGAGGACAGUUGGGAAAAGUUUGAGCUGAAGAAGUACGGAGGAUCAGAUGAAGUGCUAGAGAGACUGCUACCAGUGCUGAAAAACACCAGAUGCGCUCUACUCAAUGACAGUAAACUCACUGAGAAGUCCUGUGAAGCUGUAGCCUCAGUUCUACAGUCAGUAAACUGUCCCCUGAGAGAACUGGACCUGAGUAACAAUGACCUUCAGGACUCAGGAGUGAAAUUGUUCUCUGCUGGACUGGAGAAUCCACACUGUAAACUGGAGAUGCUGAGACUUGCUGGCUGUAAACUCUCGGAACAUUCCUGUGUAAACGUACUUUCAGCUCUAAAUUCAAAAAAUUCAACGUUGAGAGAGCUGGACCUGAGUUACAAUGACCUUAAGGAUGAAGGAGUGAAGCAGAUCUGUGUUGGACUAAAGUAUCCACACUGUAAACUGAAGAUACUGAGGUUAUCUGGCUGUUCAGUCACUGAGGAAGGCUGUUCUUCUCUGGCCUCUGCUCUGAGUUCAAACCCCUCACACCUGAGAGAGCUGGAUCUGAGCUGCAAUCACCCAGGAGACUCAGGAGUGAACCUGCUCUUGGCUAGACUGGAGGAUCCACACUGUCAGCUGAACACACUCAAGGUGGACCAUGGAGGAGAGUUUCGGGUGAAACCAGGACCAAGAAAAUAUGCCUGUCACCUCACACUCGACCCAAAAACAGCACAACCAUUUCUACUUCUAUCUGAGAGGAACAGGAAGGCUACACGCAUCCGAGUCAGGCAGCUGUAUCCUGAUCAUCCAGAGAGGUUUGAUGCCCGUUACCAGGUCAUGUGUAGAGAGAGUCUGACAGGCCGCUGUUACUGGGAGGCUGAGUGGAGUGGGGACGCGGCCAUUGGAAUGAUGUAUAAAGGUAUCAGCAGAAAAGGACAGGGUGAUGACUGUGAGUUUGGCUGUAACGACAAAUCCUGGAGCCUGUUCUGCUAUGAAUCUUUUUUCUCUGCCUGGCACAACAAAGCAAACACUGACAUACCUGCUUCCCCUUCACACACACACAGAAUAGGAGUGUAUCUGGACUGCCUCGCUGGCACACUGUCCUUCUACAACGUCUCCUCUGACACACACACACUCACACACUUACACACAUUCCACUCCACAUUCACUGAGCCCCUCUAUGCAGGGUUUGGGAUAUGGAGUUACAAUUCCUCAGUGUCUCUGUGUCAGAUAGAAUAG